UGAACGGCUAGGAGUAUCCUCUAUAUCACCAUAUCACCUCACUGGCACUGCCAUACAUGGGAUAGAGGGCAUCAGCAAGCGUUCAUCAAGGUUUUCGCGUGAAACAGUGGUCGUUCGAGAACGCAGCUUUUUAGCCAAUUAAUUGGACGGUAACCAGGGAGACCCAGCCCUUUAAUACCGAAGCCUUUCUGUCUCUGAGCCCCGUCGCAUUCCCUCCACCGAUAAUUCUGUCCUAACCGCCCUCCGUCGUCGCCGGAACCCUAACCCUAGGCAUUUUGCAUCGCACCGGAUCGAUCCACCACCGACAGUGGCGGCGGUGAUGGGGAACACGGAGAAGCUGAUGAACCAGAUCAUGGAGCUGAAGUUCACUGCGAAGAGCCUGCAGCGGCAAGCGCGCAAGUGCGAGAAGGAGGAGAAAGCGGAGAAGCUCAAGGUGAAGAAGGCGAUCGAGAAGGGCAACAUGGACGGCGCCCGCAUCUACGCCGAGAACGCCAUCCGCAAGCGCACCGAGCAGAUGAACUACCUCCGCCUCGCCUCCCGCCUCGACGCCGUGGUCGCCUGGCUCGACACCCAGGCCAAGAUGCAGUCCGUGGGCAAGUCCAUGGGCUCCAUCGUGAAGACCCUUGACUCCGCCCUCGCAUCCGGCAACCUCCAGAAGAUGUCCGAGACGAUGGACCACUUCGAGCGCCAGUUCGUCAACAUGGAGGUCCAGGCCGAGUUCAUGGAAGGGGCCAUGGCAGGGUCCACCUCCCUCUCCACCCCCGAGACCGAGGUCAACAGUCUCAUGCAGCAGGUUGCCGACGACUACGGCCUCGAGGUCUCCGUCGGCCUCCCGCAGCCCGCCGCCCACGCCAUCUCAGCUCCUGCUACUGAGAAGAUCGACGAGGACGACCUCUCCAGGCGUCUCGCCGAGCUCACGGCCAAGGGUUGAUCGAUCGAUCGAUCGAUCAGUUGAUUGGUCUCUUUCAAGAUUGGUGCGGUAAUGCGAAUUGGUUCUUCUCUAAGUGAGGCUGUACCUUCUCAAUUUUGUCGAAUUUAUGCUUGAGCAGCCAAAGCCAUCAUUCUAAGACAAAGGUUUCCAAUAAACAAAGCUGUUUUCACUUGUGAAGCCCUCAACGAUCUCUAACUGCACUUCUGAAUUAGCAGUUAGUAAUAUAGGAACCUUGAUGAUCACCCACCAGGAGACUGCAUGUAUUGUGAUGAUCCUCAGUCAAUUUGCUUGUCUCAUACAUGGCCUUCAAUUUCUCUUGCUGAAAUCUAUCUGCCAGCACCUCAUCCAUGAUAUGCUGAAGAGGUGAUGUUAGUUAAUAUACUUGUAGAUACCGUCUAUUGGUGAUGUUAGGUGAUAUACUUGUAGAUACCAUCUAUUGGAUGACAGCUAAUGAUCCGAACUGGAGGACAUUAGGUGCUUGAUCGUUCUUGUGAUUAUUAAUAAGACAAGUGGCUUAUCUUUUGGAUAUUUGCAAAGAGUACCAGGUAAAGUUGGAACUAUUGAUUUAAAACGUUACUUUU